AUGAACAGACCCAUUAAAUUGGAGUAUCGCUUAUUUGCUCACGAGUACGAUGCAGUUACUCAACACAAUGCCAUUAACUCCCCUCUACUUCGGUUGCCGGCAGAGAUUCGCAACACGAUCUACGAGUACAUCUUCGAUGUUGCCGAUGCUACCACACUGGAGCGCGUCCUGAGUCCUACGUCAACUGGACGUUACCGCGUUGUUCUGAGUAGUUCACGUCUGCUCCAUGUCUGCCGCCAGACACGCUUUGAGGCACGCCCCUUCCAGACUGGUUCCACGUACAGCCACCUCGACAUCAGGAUAGAAAGUAGGCACCUUCCAGAUCUAGUGAAUUGGGUGGGAGGUCCUCAGUGUGCUCGGGUUGUCGAGAUCGGCAUGUUCCUGUCCCUUGCUGGCGCGAUACAUCGACAGAUCAGACGCUCUACCGUACAGGGAUCAUACACCGGACCAUGGUCUACAAGCGGAGAUCAAGUCUUCCCACUACUAAAGCGUGUCAUUAUUACCUACCCUACGUAUAUCAACGAAGACGCGUACAAUGUCGAGACCUCUCUGCAGACGCUCUUCGGCAAUAUGGAUCUCGAGGUUGAGUUCCGCGCAGCAGUAUACUGGGGAUGA